AUGAUAAAAAAGUAUGUGGUUAAAUCACAUGCAGUCGAAGUGAGAGCGAGAGAAUUAAAAAUAUUUAUUCUGAUCACAACUGAGGUGCUAGUAUACGGAAACGACGCUAAUACAGUUAGUUUCAUUAGAAGCUUCAUCGAUAAUGAACAGAAACCUACCCAUUUAAUCUUAAACGAUCUCUGCUGGCCAAAAUAUAAUGAACUGCAACUAGUAAAAGAAGUAUCAAAAGAUGCGUGCAGCGUUUCAUCUUCUACAUAUCAACUAAAUAGAUACCAGAAACAUGGAAUUCUGUUUCUUCUUGACAUAGAUUGUCCGAAUUCAAAUGAUGUCAUCAAAAACGCUACUUCAAGAAAUAUCUUUGGUGCUCCCUACCGUUGGCUUAUGCUGUCCACAGAUCCUAAACGGCUAAAAUCGUCGGUACUGUGGAAAAGUCCAGUUUUAACCGAUAGUGAUGUGAUUUUGGCGGAAAAAUCGGAAACUGGUUUUAAACUGACUGAAAUACAUAAACCAUCAAAGAACUUGUCAAUGAUUUUAACAUCACGAGGGUACUACAAUGGGACUUUAGUGGACACUCGACCACAUCGGGAGAUUUAUCGGAGACGAAAGGACCUUAUGGGAGCCCCUCUGACCAUGUCUAACGUGAUACAAGACAGCAAUGUGACACAGUACCAUUUGCCAAGAGAAGAUAGACUGGAUCUGCAACACGAUGUCAUUGCAAAAACUUCCUGGAUGAACGCGCGCUUAGCUUUCCAAAUGUUAAACGCUACCCCACGGUACAUAUUCAGUCACAGAUGGGGGUACAAACAAAAUGGGCAAUGGUCAGGCAUGAUAAAUGAUUUGAACACCGGCAGAGCUGAUGUAGGUACGAACUGUCUGGGAACAAUGAUUGAACGACUCGAGGUAAUCGCAUAUACAGACACGCUGGCCAACUAUCGGGUCGCCUUUGUGUUGCGACAGCCUCCUCUGUCUUAUGUGUCUAAUAUAUUCUCCCUGCCGUUCUCUGGCACUGUGUGGAUAGCUAUUGCAUUGUGUGCAAUACUUUCCAUGUUUGCUCUGUAUAUCGCCAGUAAAUGGGAGGCCAAGAAUAGAAAGAAUUUAUCACAACCAGAUGGAACUAUAGGGGACGCGUUCUUGCUGACCAUGAGCGCUAUAAGCCAACAGGGCUGUGUGAUUGAACCCAAAAGGCUUUCAGGCCGCAUCAUAGUGUGGAUAUUCUUCACUGUUCUGAUGGCGCUAUACGCCGCGUACUCCGCCAACAUCGUCGUCCUGCUGCAGGCGCCCUCUAACUCCAUCAAGAGUCUAGCACAGCUGGUGUCAUCGAAGGUCGCCCUAGCUGGUUAUGACGUGGACUACAGCCAGUUCGUUUUUAAAGUCUACAAUGACUCGCUGCAUAUGGCUGUUUAUAAAAAAAUUAAACCAGAUAAACCGAAUGGACUGCUAUACGAAAUGAAUGAAGGGGUGGAAAAAAUCAGACAGGGGUUGUUCGCGUUUCACUCGAUCACGGAGCCGGUAUACCGUCGUAUUGAGCAGACAUUCCUCGAGGGGGAGAAAUGUGACCUGGUGGAGAUAGACUACCUCAACGGAUUCAACCCUUUAGCGCCCGUGAAGAAGGACUCCCCAUACUUGGAGCUGAUGAAAGUCGCAUUCAAACAGCUAGCCGAGUCUGGUAUAAGAACCGUGCUACAUAAACGCAUGUUCAUACCUAAGCCCCACUGUUCCGGCAAGAUGGCGGCGUUCAGCAGCGUGGGCCUGAUGGACCUGAAGCCGGUGCUGCUCCUCAUGGUGUACGGCGCUACACUCUCACUUACCAUCCUUCUCCUCGAGAUAGUGCACCACAGGUUGUUUUUAUAA